UUCUCCAGAUAUUGAGAACCAACCCCUAUUUCUUUUUACUCAGUCUCUCUUUUAUAAAUCAACUAAUUCUCUCUCUCCCAAAGAAGACCCCUUCAUUCAUCUUUGAGUUUGGUUUAUAUAGCCAUCAUUACUUUUGGCAAUUCUUUCAGUUCCUUAUCAUUCGGGAUUAUGGUGCACAACGACCCCCUGGUUUCACUCCAUUAUCCCUAUAUUCUAGGCUGCUUCACUAGAAAUCAGGGAUCUCAUUCAUUAUGCGGAGUUUGUUUUUGUAAGAUAUUUUCUAGUGGCUUGCCUUUUUGGUCCUGAGCAAAGAACUACCGGGCUUUUAAUUCGAUGAUUUCAUCAAAUUACCCGCUAGGCCUGAUUUUGAGCUGUUGAGCUCAUUCCGAGAUGGAGGUCGGUCCGAGAUGCAUGAAGAUGGAGAAAAGCUGUCAUCGGAACUCGAACUCGGUGGUCGUAUAACACAGCCCUCCAACCCUUCGACAACUUAAGAUGACUAAGGGUUGCUAAUAUCUGACAAGUAUUGUACGACAACAACGUGAUUAGACAAAGGGACAACUUUUAAUGACCCCUACCUAACACCAACAUGUGUCAAACAUCAAGUGUUUCUCUCUCUUACCAUCUAAUGGUCUUCCUUGAAUCAUAGGUAACCGUUUCAUUACCCUUUAAAACUGAAAAAGAAAACCCUUUAUGAAACCAUUCUCGCUAAUCUCCGUCAAGACUUGGGGUUUUUCUCGUUUCUUUUACUUUCUCCCUUUUGCAGUUCAGGUGCGUCUUUGCUCAACUUUAUCACUUAAUCUGCUGUUGCGAUUGCUUAAACUUGUUUGCCUCCUGGUUCGUCUACGUUUAUUUCUCCUUUUCCAUUCCCGUGUUUUCUCUUGUUUAUCCAACUUAUAUUGGUUCGUCUUCAUUCUUUUUAUGCAAAUUCUUGCCUUCUGAAUGCAUAAUCUUGCUUUCCUUUACUGAAUAGUUUCUUGAUUGAGUUUUUUGAUUACUUGAUGGGUUAUUGGUGUAGGCUAGAUUAGGUGGAUUUAAUCACUGAAUGUUUCCGCUUAUGCCUCUGCACUUUGAACUUUGUUACUGUAACUGAUAUUUAUGAUUUAGGGUUUCAAGAUAAAACCUUUUUUUUUCUGUUGGGUUUGUUCCCCUUUUUCAGAUAUCAACCUCGAGUGAUAUAGCAGUCAAUAGGAGAUUUGAGUCUUUGCUUGUUAUUUUCCGACCUCUUCGAUUUGAAUAGUCUGACCAAGAUGACCGCCUAUGAUUCUCAAUAUCCUUGGGCUUCUUUGAAAUUGAGAAGAGAAACCACUAGUUUAUCUUCAGAAAGGAAGAUAAAACUCUUUAGGGAACGACGAGCUUUGUGUAAAAAUGAGGAGAGUGACGUGGUCAUCGGAACAUGCGAGUUAGAUGAACCCAUAUGUAGGGAUGGAACACUCCCCCCUUUGCAAACUUUCACCUUCAUAUAUGCAACCCUCUUUGAAUGUCUCGACUUCCGAUUACCUUUCAAUGAUUUCGAAAAGGGGUUACUGACUUCGUUGAACGUGUCUCCAGCACAACUACACCCAAACAGUUGGGCCUUCAUACGUGCCUUCUACAUCUUGUGUGGAGGGCUCGGAUUCCGACCCCUGACAUGUUUCUCUAUUUCUUCGAGCUGAAAGGUAGCUCAUCUUGUCAGCUAUGGGCCUUGAGUGGUGUGAGUGGCCGAGGUCUUUUUACCUUAUUUCAAUCUUCCUAUAAAGGAUUUAGAGGAAUUUUUGUAAAAAUCCUUGCACCUACUCAUAAUCCGACGUUGCUUGAAGGAUUUCCACUGUUUUGGACAAGACAUCCUUCUCCACGGAAUGCUCGACUUAUUGAAGAUUUGACUCCCAUUGAGAGAAAAGGUUGUCAGGACUUGGAGGGUUUAGAGGUUAUUUUCGACAUUCGUAAGGUGUUAGAGCUUGAAUAUCGAGAAGUAGAUUUAAAAAUGUUCAUUGAGAACCAGAUGGCUUUGUCUCAAAAGGAAUUGCUCCGUCGAAUCAAACAUCAGGGAAACCCCAAAGAUUUGAAGGUCGGGACGAGCUCGAAGACCAGGAGCUCUCCUAGCAAUAUUUUACUUGAUAAUGAUCCAUAGGCCACCCAGAGAGACCCAAAAAUGAAGAAAAGAAAGCUUACGUCUAAAGAUGCGGAUCAAAUCGCCUCAGAAGGUUCAAAAUCGAAUGAUCACCCUACACUUACUAGAAUUAUGACGUCAAGGAAGAGCUUUUGGGAUGAGGGAUUUCCUCAUUUAGUACAUGGUCAGACGACCAACUACUUUGCUACUGAUGAGGUUAUGCUUGCAAAACGUACUCCUGCGACUAUGCACGAGGACCUUCUACGUUGUUUGCAUCAAGCGGAGGCCUCAUCCUUAUUUUUAGUAAAGCGUACAGAAUCUUUAAUGGAAAAAGAAUCGAAGACGAGGACUGACCUAGAUACUUCCGAAAAGGAAGUGAAAAGAUUGCAAACCGAGCUGAGUAAAGCUCAGAGAACAUCGAAAGACAAGGAAUCCGAGUUGACGAGUCUGAUGAUUAGGUUUGAUGAAAUGACGCUUAAAGCUAAAGAUUAUGAAGUCCAAAUAGAAGGUUUGACUACUCGCUGUCAAAAAUUAGAGGAUGAAAAGGAGGAGAUUACUAACCAGCUUUGCACGACCCUCAAACAAGGAUUUCAAAUGGCCUUGGAUUAGAUCAAGAUACUUUGUCCCGAUGCUGACCUUUCUGGUGUUGACAUCACAAAGGAAGUGGUAGAUGGACAACUAGUUGAUGUUGUUGAUGAAGAGUAGUAAUGAUGAGCAACUAGUUUUAUGUUUUGUUGGACCUAUUUUUGAAGUGAUGUUGUGAUGUCUUUGAACUGUU